GGGAAAUAUGGCCAAACGACUAGAUUUUGGUUUUGGAAGAAGAAAGACGCUGUAAUGCUAUAACUGUCGUGAUCCAGUUUUAUGUGGUUUACCCCCUGGAGCUGGGUUAGAAGCUCUCAAGUCGCCACCCUGGCUCCAGAUGAUAUGAUAGCGGCCUAUGGAACCCAGGACUUUGUGCCGUUCGGGAGGGACUAUGUUUCGCAGCAUCCUGGGGGAGUUCAGCUUCAGGUGAGGAACAGCCUGACCUCUGCUGAACAUGGCCUGCCGCUCGUCAAGUCCUUCACAGACAUCUCCAUCUCGGGCAAGGCAAGUGAAAAGAAGGAGAGAUGGCAAUUCAGAUGUGAAGAUAGUGACACAGACGGAGUUCAUAGUGAAGAGCUGUACGUGAAUGGCAAAACCACUGUGUGGAGCCGAGGAGGUUCUGAUGGGUCUCGUAAAGUUAUCAAAGCAUUCACGGUGGAGACACCAGUCCUCCAGGCUGAAUGGUGUAAUUUUAUUCUUCCUACCUCUGGAGAUGCACGUAGCAGUGACCUACCUGACACUGAAUCAACAGCUGUUGUGCAGCGCUGUGUCUGUAUAGUGGAAUCCACCACAGUGAGUGUGUUCACUGAACACGGAGAAGAUUACAUCAUUACUCUACCAUUCCAGGUCACCAAUUGUUCUGUUAUAAAGAAUGGAUUGUUGUUUGAAAGAAUUGUGCCACAUUCAGAAAUCACUUCACCACGAAAAAAUGUCCCAACUCAGACAACUAUAUUCAGUAUGUUGCACCCACUGGAUGAAGUGGCUCCUGUCAUUACGAGGACAGUUUCUGGUGCGACACCAAAGAUUUCCUACCUGACUGACACCAGUCAGCAUAUAGUGUUCACCAGCUUGUCUCCUUCCUUGGCCUUGACCUAUGACACCAUGGUGGGAUUUCAUUCUGUCUGGAGUGUCAGGAGGGCCAAACAAGAGGAGGUGUACAGCGCUACUGGACUAUGGGAUAGUACCAGCUACUAUCACCCAGGGAUCGGCACACCAGCAGCAGGCUACAACGUGUCCAGCUCAAACAACUCUCGCUUCACGCUCUCCAGUCAGUCACCCAGUAUGUCACCGUUACGCAGCUAUUCCGGUCAUCAGCUAAACUCUCCCAUGGGCAUGUCCAAAUCGCGUAGUCCAGCCUGCUCAUACUUCCCACCGAGUCGCACCCAGUCGCCCUCUGUGACCACUGGUAACAUGUUUAGGAUUGACACCCCCAUCCCCCAGGGUCGUUCUCCAGUGGCCUUUCAUCGCACUCCAGCAGGGUCGCAGAAUGUGUCACUGAUCAAUGAGAGCCUGACAGAGUGGGUGGAACCCCUGGCCCCUGAAGUUUGCCUAGAUCAGUUAUGGACUGAACCAGCCCCUGCCAUCAGAGAUGGACCCUUGGGACAAGCCUCUAAAGCCUUUCUCUCCGAAGAUAUUUGUGGACAGAAGUUCCUGUGUUUUCUUGUCAGCCACAGAAACCAACUUCGGUGUGUCAAGUUUGGGGAGAGCAAUGACAGAAGUCAGCUGAUAUUUGGGUCCAUGUGUACAAUACAAGCCAAAGAUGCUGUUCCUAUACAGGAAUUGUCCUUGAUUCUAGUGCUGGACAUGUAUGGACACAUGAUUUUAUACUCUGGCUCCACCAAGAUUAACAAGGUACAUGUGCCAGAGCUGCCAGUCAGCCAUGUUCCCAUGGGUCUGCUACAGUCAGCCACCCCUGUGGGCAGUCCUCAGGGUGGGCCCAUCACCUCAUCACGACCAUCAAGCGCUGUGGAUGCUAGGUUUGGGGAGGGGGGUCACGUGAUAUCCCCUGUGCAGACAGAAAUGGAUGAUUCUACCCACCUCGAGACGUCCCUGACAGAUUACUUUCCCUUACAGAACAACAGCUUUAUCAAAGGACUGAGGGACAGCAUUAACAGAAGAUUCACUGUGGAACUGGCCACUGGUGAACUGUACAGAACAGCAUUACCUCCUUUUGCCAUUUCACCAGGGAUUGAUUUGUGCCUGAAGGCAUUGAAGCAUGUGUUACCCAAAGACACAGCCCUGCAGGUGUUAGGGAGGUGGUACUCCAUUAGGAAUGCUCUAGGAGGAAUAGGCAACCAAUCAGAAUGGGCUGUUUUUAACAGAUCUGUUCUCAGUAUGAUGGGAUACGACACAAGUAGGCUGGCCCUAACCACUCAGGCUGAGAUGGACACAUCAAUGUCCCCUGUGGUGGCUUCCAAACGAGCCCGGCCGUCAGAACAAGGCUCAAAUGAGGAUUGGGAAUACCUGUUGGAGUCCAGUCACCACCAGUAUGUGACCAGCAGCCAGCAAGUGAUGUUAGGUCUGCAGGCCUGUGACAAUAUCCCCUCAGAGACUGUCUACAACAAGAUGGCCUCCAUCAAUGUCGGCUCCAUCCUUUUCCCUCACAUCCCCGCCAUCAUGUUUGCCCUACAUUUGGUCUAUGAGGAAUUGAAACUGAACAUUCUUUCCCAUGAUGACAGCAGACAACUAGCACAUCUUCUCUACCAGCUGUCAAGUGACCUACAGCUAGCCCCUUACACAGAUUACUACUGUAGGGAUCUUCCAGCACUUUUUGAUGCAGCGGAUGAAAUCACCCAAGUUAAAGAUGAGCAUCGGAAGAAGAUGCAGUACCCCGGGUACUUAAGCUCAACUCCUCCCAGUGUGUGUGAGUGGGUGUAUCAGAGCCUGAGGGGGGUAGACUGCCCUCCCAUACCAUACAUAUCUGAUGUCUGUGUCAAGACCAAGACCAUCAUAUCUGUGUACAGUUUGCUGUUAAAUGAAGACCUUAUCAUUCCCCAUGCUAUUGAGAAGUCCCUGAAGAGAGUAGUCCCACCAGGUCAUAGAGCUGGCCCAUCAUCCUCAGAUGUGUCUCUAUCCAGGAGCUACAAUGUCAGCCCUCUAACCUCAGUGUCUGAGCGGAUUGUACUCUUCAUGACGGAGUUAGGCCUAACAUCUGUCGAUCUGGAGUCUCUGCCUGUUGGCCUGGCCCUCCCCUUCAGAGAGGCUAUGUUUGUGUGUAGACAGAACCCACCAGCUGACUGGCCCGAGAAAGCUCACAGUCUUAUUGGUCGUCAGGACUUGGCCAUGUUGACCUCUUUUUCCAAAGGUUAUUUGGAGGAACAGGAUGUGAGAGGGAGAGGGACCACAAAAAAAAGUUCAGCCAACCAAGAAGGAGCAGAUGAAGAAGAGGAUGAUUUUGAACUGGUUGACCAAGAGAUAUUACGUUUGCGGUUCAGCGAGGAUCUGCGGGUACAAGAAGUCAAGCGAAUGCUGCAGUCUUCCAAACCAGCGAAGAUAACUUUGGUACAGAGACCUGAAGUCAGUGAUCAUGAUUUCAUAGAAGAACAGGAGAGAUAUUUAUACUCUGUCUGCAUUAGAACCAUGGCUCUUCCACUGGGCAGGGGUAUGUUCACAUUGUGUACUCAUGUGUCUCUGCCUACUGAAGCCUUACCAAUACCCAAGUUAUGCCUGACUGGAAGAGCUCCACCAAGGAACACAUCUGUUGAUCUUACCCAUAUUGAUACACCUCCUAAUAUGGCUGCCUGGCCUCAUUUCCAUAAUGGAGUCGCUGCAGGGCUGAGGCUGGCAAAUACUUCUCAGGUGAACUCUCCCUGGAUCAUCUAUAACAAACCAAAGGGCUCAGAACUGACCAAUGAAUAUGCUGGUUUUCUGAUGGCCUUGGGACUGAAUGGUCAUCUGGUCAAUCUAGAUAUUCUGAACCUCCAUGAUUCCCUGGCAAAGGGACAUGAAAUGACUACCAUAGGCUUACUACUAGGUCUUUCUGCAGCUAAGCGUGGUACAAUGGAUAACAGUGUCACCAGGUGGCUGAGUGUCCACUUGUCUGCCCUCCUACCCCCUACGUCUACAGAGCUCAAUGUGCCCCAUAAUGUGCAGGUGGCCGCUAUCCUUGGGGUGGGGCUUGUGUACCAGGGGACGGCACACAGGCACAUGGCGGAAGUUCUUCUAUCAGAGAUUGGCCGCCCCCCAGGCCCAGAAAUGGAGAACUGUACAGACAGAGAAUCUUACUCCCUGGCUUCUGGACUCGCCCUGGGAUUGGUUAUGUUUGGGAAAGGAAGUGAAGCAAUUGGACUGUCUGACCUGAGCAUGGCAGACCAACUCUGUCAUUUUAUGAUUGGUGGACACAAGCGACCCCUGACAGGGACAAAUAAAGAUAGAUACAAGUCUCCAAGUUACCAAAUCAAGGAGGGAGAUAUGGUAAAUGUUGAUGUGACAUCGCCGGGGGCAACCUUAGCUCUGGGCAUGGUCUUCUUCAACACUGGUAACAGUGCUGUAGCUCAGUGGUUAUCUGCCCCUGACACCCAGUUUAUGCUUGACCAAGUAAGGCCUGACUUCCUUAUGUUAAGGGCUUUAAGUCGAGGCUUGGUGAUGUGGGACAGCAUUCAGCCAUCAUCAGAGUGGAUACGCAGUCACAUUCCAGAGAUUGUCAAGAAGUAUGCAUUCAGGAAGACGGAGGUCCCAGAGGAUUCUGAUGUGGAGAUUGACUUUGAAACAAUGAGUCAGGCAUUCAGUUACAUCACGUCCGGCGCUUGUAUGGCGAUGGGGCUCAAGUUUGCUGGGUCCUGUAAUAUGGCAGCCUUCUCUACUCUUCGUGAAUAUUUGAACAAAGUCCUGUUGGUACAGCAGAAUCCCUCCCUGAGCGAUCAGGCGGACAAGACAACAGUGGAGAAGUGCAUUGUGGUCAUACUGCUCUCUGCUUCCAUGGUGAUGGCAGGAUCCGGUAACCUGGACCUGUUGAGGGUGUGUCGCAUGUUGAGGAAGCGUGUGGGGCCCAUGUACAAGUACACCAUGUAUGGCUUCCACAUGGCAAUUAGUAUGUCUGUGGGUCUGCUCUUCCUGGGUGGGGGAAGGUACACACUAAGCACCCGGCCUGAGGCAAUUGCUCCCAUGAUCUGUGCGUUCUUCCCAAAGUUUCCUCUACAUAGCAACGAUAACAGGUAUCACCUGCAGGCGUUCCGUCACCUGUACGUGCUGUCAGCUGAACCCAGAUUGAUACUACCCAAGGAUGUAGACAGUGGACUACCCUGCUAUGUACCACUUCACAUUAAGUUCAAAGAUACAGAGUGGUACAAAGACAUCUCCUUUAAAACCACAGCUCCCUGUUUGCUACCAGAAUUGCAUCUCUUAGAGGAGGUGCAAAUUUUAGGCCCCAGGUACUGGCCUGUUGUUUUCAGUGGGGAGAAAAGUUUCACCACAUUGAGGCGGGUCUUAGCAGGGAAUGGUACAGUGUAUGUGAAACAGAGAGCUGGUCAUCUCUCCUACUCUGAAGACCCUAAGGGCUAUCGCAGCAUGUUGGCAAAAUCACUGACCAGUGAUCAGUCCAGUCAUGGUUCUGUUCGUCCUGAUGUGAUCAAGUCGUUUACCUCUGAUGAGAAUAUACUGGCUUUCUCGCACUAUUUUACAUCAUCCACAAAUAGCCAGGAAGAGACUUUGGUGCUUCAGCUGUGUGGGGUGCUGUAUGAAUGUGUGACCAGAGAGAAACCAGAGGCACUUGGCACGCACAUGGCCAUAGACCAGGCUGUCAGGCUGUCUGUGUGCCAGCCGUCCACAAUGGCUCUCUGGCAACUGAAGCUCAUUAACACAUACUACAGCAGUAGCUACUCCAAAGCUGUGCUUGGCAAAUCCACGGAGAUUCCUCUCGUACAGGAGGAGUACUUGUAUGGGCUGAAGAGUCGUCUGGACACAGUGCUGGAUUCCUGGCAGUGUGAGAAGCUGGGUUUGCUGGUGAGGUACCUACAGGGUGAGGUGCUGAAGGGGAAUCCUUGCGAACACCUCUCCCUCUUCCUCCUCUGGUUUGAUAUACCACGCCCAGAGGAAUUACGCAACAUUAUUGUCACAGGUAUGCCAACCCUCCCAUUACUCUGUGGAAAACUUCCUGAUGUUCCUGUAGAGACAAUACUCAAAAUCUUAACAGCCUGGCAGGCAGCCAGGUGAAACAACCAAUCGAAGAGGACUCUUGACAACUAGAAGGAACAACCAAUGGGAUUAGUUGACUCUUGACAGCAAAAUUAAAGAGCAGACCACAUUAAGCAACUCACAGCAAGAUGAAGCAACCGAUCGGACUACAUGAAACUGAAAUGUAGUCAAUCACCAGAGCUUCUGAACAAUAAUGCUAAAAUCUGCAUGUAAAGUUGGAAGAAAAUAGAGUGAAGUUUCACUGCAGAUGAUACAUAAAACAUACAUGACAGUCAGUGAAAGUCAGUCAUUGAAUGGAUUUAAUACGGGAAAGGAUCAUGUGGAAGAGAACGCUUACUUAAUAAUUAGCAGGUUGUGGCAGUGUGAAUAUGGUGCUUUGCUUUCAAUCAUGGUCAUCCAAGGGUGGAUGGAAAAUUUGACAUUUACGAUAAAUAAGAUGAAAGUGCUAUUGUCGUCUGGUGUAAUUUAAGGAGAGCGAUCCUCUGUAAAACCAUAAUUUGCUAUGUUGCAGUGGAAUAUAUGCUUGUACAGUUUUGUAAUUUAAAACUAUAAAGUGAUAUGAAUUUUCUAUGACCUGUUUAAGUCAUUAAAUAUGAA